AUGGCACUUCUCUCGAAUCACCACAACAGCUACCAGACGUCUACGGACAUGUUGACCCCGACUUAUCCGACCCCGAACAGGUCCUACGACCCUCUGUAUCCGUCGCCCUACAACUCCCCGAAUUGCGGAACUUCGAGGACCGUCUACGGGGAGAGCUACCACCUAGAGGGUCAACUCACUCCAAGAAGGGAAGUGGAUAACGUUGAAUUCGGCAGGGACGUCGAAGGCGAAUAUACGCGGACGUCCGAAACUUACGAAAGAGUUCCUUAUGGAGUUCUAACGCCGCUUACGCCUCAGAGGUACGAUCCGCGACGAUCUCUGGAGCACGCUUCACCUAGAUCGAUUCCUUACGAAGAGAAUUCCAUAGAGUACCAACCGGCUAUUUACUGUUUCGAGACGCCUCCCCAGGAUUCGAGAUAUCGUCACCUCGAGACCAAGCCCUCCGAGCAACUCGACGAAACCUCGGCUCAUUCCUGGGAACCAGGAACGUCGGUUCAGAAAAUUCAAUCGUCGCCCAUGUGUAGUCCUCGGAGAGGGCGUCGAAGAUCCCGAGACGUGCCACCCUCGCCGAGUGUCUUGAAAAGACGACGUCUCGCCGCUAACGCGAGGGAACGACGUCGAAUGAGUGGCCUGAACGACGCCUUCGACAAACUUCGCGAAGUCGUCCCAAGUUUGGACGCCGAUCACAAGUUGAGUAAGUUCGAGACCCUUCAGAUGGCCCAGACUUACAUAGCCGCUCUUUGCGAUCUCCUCGAGAGACACGGCGGCAAAAGAUAA